UCCGUCGUGGGCGGGGCUUUCUGUACGCAGGAAGUAUGACGUAACAUUUGUUAUGGAAAAGCGAAGUCGAGACAGAGGCGACGGAAAUAUGGAGCAACCCGCUGAGGAUUACAAGCUGGUAUUUGAGAAGGAGGGGGUGUACCUCCACACAAAUGCAAAGAGGAGUAACCAGGACACAACCAUCCCGGGGUUCAUCCGGAUUGUGGAGCGGGCUGGGGUGCCGGCCUUAGAGUGGAGCCCACUUGAAGAUGAGGGUCGCAGUGCCCCUGCUGUGCUCUACACCAAAAAGGAUGGUGAAGGAGGGGAGGAAGACACCCAUUUCGACCCUGGUUAUGAGCCAGACUGGGCAGUCAUCAGCACAGUGAAGAAAGAUCGCGAACAUGUCCCAGUCAGAGAAUCAGGUCAGUGGUCGUUCUCUCUGCCUCUCUCAGAGCUCUACUCUCUCCGGAGGGCUCGCUUCUCCUUGGGCCGAAACUUUCUGGUGCUGACGAGUAGAGGAGGCCACCCGCUGCCUCCUCUGCACUUCCACCGAGGAGGGACCAGGGAGCUGUUCAGAGCCCUGCAGCGUUACAUCAUCCUGGACCAGUCGCCGGUUGAUGGGCGGCUCUUUCUCGCCUAUCCUUGCGACUCAGGGGCGCUCUCUCAGUCCUUCGAUAAGCUGCAGCUCCUUGAUGACGGAGGCUCAGAUCUUGUUAUGAGAUUUAUCAAUGACCCAUAUGCCACCACAUUUGGCGGAUUCUCCAAAGUCACCAAUUUCUUCAAAGCGGCACUUCGACCUCCAGAUUCCCAAGUCUGCUCGCGUACGGCUCAGGAUCCUAGUUUGCCGCCCCAGUCGGAUGAAGAGCCCGGCUUUGAACUCAUCACCUGUGGGGUGGAGCUCGGUCCCAGACCAGACGUAACCAGGGGACAACCUCUGGACAAAUGGGAGGAGUUUCUGGAUCCAGAGGGGCGAGUGAAGAACCCGGAGAAGGUCAAAGAGCUGGUGUUCAAAGGGGGUGUCACACCGCCCCUCAGAAAGGAAGUGUGGAAGUUCUUGCUGGGCUUUUAUCCAUGGAACAGCACUGCCAAAGAAAGAGAGGACAUCCUGCGGGUCAAAACGGACGAGUACUUCAGGAUGAAGGUGCAGUGGAAGUCGGUCAGUGAAGAGCAGGAGAUGAGGAACUCCCUCCUCAGAGGAUACAGAAGCCUGAUAGAGAGAGAUGUCAGCAGGACGGACAGACACAAUACGUUCUUCUCUGGGAACGACAAUCCGGGCCUGACUCUGCUUCAUGAUGUGCUGAUGACAUACUGCAUGUACAACUUUGAUCUUGGUUACGUCCAGGGGAUGAGCGAUCUCCUCUCCCCUCUCCUGUUUGUCACUCAGAACGAGGUGGAGUCCUUCUGGUGUCUGACAGGCUUCAUGGAGCUGCUGCACCAGAAUUUUGAGGAGUCUCAGGAGGCCAUGAAGCAUCAGCUCAUUCAGCUCAGUAUCCUGCUGAAGGCUCUGGACCCCGAGCUGUGUGACUUCUUUGACUCUCAGGACAGCGGUUCUCUUUGCUUCUGUUUCCGCUGGCUGCUCAUCUGGUUCAAGAGAGAGUUUUCCUUCGAGGACAUCCUCAUCUUGUGGGAGGUCCUCUGGACUCGUCUUCCAUGUGACAACUUCCACCUGCUGAUCGCCUGUUCCAUCCUUCAGUCCCAGAGAGGAGAGUUGAUUGGCUCCGACCACGACUUUAACACUAUUCUGAAGCACAUCAAUGAGCUGACGAUGAAGUUGGACCUGCAGAGUGUUCUGCGAGGAGCAGAGGCCAUCUACCAACAGCUCAUUCAGUGCAAGGAGCUUCCCCUCAAGGUGCAGCAGGUCCUGGGUCUCUACAUCCCAUCCAGCUCUGAGGAGGACAGCCCAGACUCCCAGACCAGCGAGACACAGCGCCUCCUCGCCCAAUCACAGGCAGAGGCUGCUUCAUGUAGUUCAGCAUCCGGUCCCACGUAUCCCUGAAUCCGACUGGACUGACAGCUAACCAACAAUUGAAUGGAAGAUGUGUGUAAAUGAAAAAAAUACAUGUACUGUAAAGGAUCCAAUGAGAAGGAAUGAAGACAAUUUGGUGAAGAGAGUUGUUACUCUUUGUCAGAGGCAGGGGGCGCCGUUGAAGCUUUUUUCUUUAAAUGUACCCAUGAAUGUUACCAUUCAAGAAGUGAAAAUACUCUGUGCUCUUUUGUCUUUCUGUGUGUUGUCUCAGCUUGUCGCUUGUUUACACGUCUCUGCAGAAGAGUACUGCCAUCUUUUUCUCCUCUCCCCCUCCUCCUUUUUGAUGCUGCUCUUUUACCUUUUUCACAAAUUAUUUAAUAAUUGUACUCAUCUGUGCUUGUUGCUCUCUGUGUUCUUUCAGCGAGUUUUUUUGAGUUCGGUUUAGAUUUCCCCCCCCGGCCACUGAUCGUGAAAAGGGAAAAUGGUGAAGGAUAAGCUCAUUGGCAGCACCUUGUUAGUACUGUACGAUGCCAUUCCAGCCCUAUGCAAACUUGUUGCAUGCCUUAUAGUUGUCAUCAGUGGCGUGGUGUUAUUUUAAGCCUUGUAAUUAUCUGUAUCAUGUCAUAACGUUUUCAUCCGCUGAUUAUUAUCAAAUAAAAGGCUGAAUCUUAAUGAA